AUGUGGGAAUUCGCCCAUCUAAGCGACCACUUCAAGGACAUCAACAGCCUCGACCUCGUACCCCGCACGGCGGCGUCCGCAGGUGUCGCAGGAGGGCGCCUUUUCAUCGGCGGCAUCGGCGCCCUCCACGAAGAACCCGAUCCCUUGCCUGCUCGCAGAAUCACGCAUGUCCUCUCGGUCCUCGACCACGAUGUCCGAGAGAAGCGGCCCCUGACUGGUUAUCGCCAUCUCUGGCUGCAAGUCGAGGACAGCCCGGAGGAGAAUCUCCUCAGGCACUUCGAGAAGACGAAUGCGUUCAUUGCGAGUGGUUUGAAGUCUCGUAGCCGUAGUAGUCAGAGGGACGGGGAAAGGGAUGGUGGUGAGGGCGACGGCGGGGUUUUCGUGCAUUGCGCCAUGGGCGUCUCGCGGUCUGCGACGAUCGUUUGUGCGUAUCUCAUGUGGGAGGGGAAAUGCUCUACGAAGGAGGCGCUUGAGCAGUUGAGGGAGGGCAGGAGUUGUUGCCGACCGAAUGAUGGGUUUAUGAAGCAAUUGGAGGUUUAUGAGAAGAUUCUCAGGGCGGAGAGUGAAGGUGAGAGGGAGAGUAUCUAUGGGGAGUGGGUGAAGCAGCAGUAUUCCCAUGAUCGGGAGAGGUUGGAGAUGGAGACGAGACGGUCGAAAUUAUGA